UCGAUUUAGAUGGAAAGUUAUUACAAGAAGUCUCAUUUUGCGAAAAACUAACUUUUAGCGAACAAGAGGAGGUUUGCUACACGCUUCUUUCUGACGGACGGGCUGCUGCUCUUCUACUGCAUGACAAGCGCGGUCUUUAUUUUCCCGCCAUUUACGAUGCUGACCAGAUGGCUGUGAAUGGCCGUUAUUUAUUGGCUGCCAUUGGCUGCAGAAGUGGCAACACUUCAGUGUUUUCCGUGGCCAAGCAAAGAGACCGCCCUGUGCUCCGCAGUGUACUGCCAGCGCCCUCCUCAUUUCACACACCUGCAGGGGGUGUCAGCUGCCUGGCUUGGUCGUCUACGGCAGAUGUGCUGGCUGUUGGCUACAGUGCUGGAGGAUUCCGGUUGUGGAGUGGCUUUGGACGCUUAUUAUUUUGCCUGCUUAAUGAAGCUUCGACCUUCGAUAUAUCCUCUCGUGAACUUUUUCCUGCCCAAACUGGCGUUGACUUUCUGGUCUGGGGCCCUUCAGAUUAUGAGCUGUUGGUUGGUUUCAAAAAUACAUUGGAGUCGGAAAAAACGAAAGGCCUGUUGUAUGCGUAUUCGGUUGCGAAGAAGAUUUUUAUUCAGCCUGGUAGCGAUUGCAGCUACUCGGCAUGCAUCCUCUGCGGGGCAAGUCGAAUUUUUUACUGUCUCCCACGAGACGAGUCGACCAUGCACAGAAAACAAGUCUGCUCCUCCUUUCGGGCGACCGAGGCGUACAUAUCCGACAAUGGGCCAAUCAGAUGUGCUGCAUUCAGCCCCAGCAGGGACUGUGUGGCUAUUGCGUGCCAGAGAGGGUUCGCCCUGUACUUACUAGACGACGAAAAGUGGAAACUAUUUCAAAACGCGGCAACGGAGAGCGAGUUUUGUUGCGAAAAGGGUUUUCUGUGGAUCGACCGCUACCUUUUAUUCUUUUGCCAAUUAGCAGAGGGCCUUGGACAGCUGCGCGCAUACGACUGUGACCUUCCACUUGGAGACGAAUCUUUGGUGUGGUGUUUGCGCCAGGACCAGCAAGUCGAGUACAUGUCCAGCACCAACAGCUUUCUGCUGACCAUGAGGUUGGACAAACGCGCCGACCUAUACGUUGUCCAGCGGCAGCCAGCCCUAAAAGUAAACAUUCUUCAAAGCUUUCACAUGGAGGCUUACCUAGAGCUACGUGCACCAGUCAUCUUUGCUUCCAUCUCUACCACUAGUCUGUGCUUCGGAGAAAGCGUGUCUGGACUGUUGUGCAUUAUUUUUAAUUGCGGUGGUACUUUGGGGUUAGUGGAGCUUCUGAGAGAUGACGAAAAUUCCACUUUGCCAUUUAAACUUGGAGCAUAUGCUGUGCUUGCGGAUUCCACGGAUUAUGUCUUCUCCUCCGCCCGUCUCGCGGAAGCCUUCCCGUCUCUAGGCAGCCUCGCUUAUAGUAGUGAUAGAGACAAGCUGAAGGUUUCUGGCCUUGUCGCUUUUCCCCACGAGGAGCUUCUUGCGCUCUCCGCCGACGUCUCUCUCCAACUCGACGGCUACCCUAUAUGUUUAGACUUCGCAGCCGCUACUAUGUGGACGGUGCGCUCUUCUCCAUCUACUGAAAAAGGCUCUCCUGGACUUAAUAUUAUUUUUCAACCAACUCCUUUUUUGGGUAGCCUACUCCGCCGUAUUCUGUCCGGCAGAGGAGUAAAGGCGGCUUUCAACGUUGCACAGUUUUUCGGUCAUUUACCACAUUUUGAUUUUUCUUUAGAAAUGCUUUUGUAUGAGGCAUUAACAGAAAAUGGCGAGGAUUUGCUACCCAUUAUUAGCUUGAUACAGUUAUUUCCUCAAUGUGCUUCUGUUAUUGCUAACUGCGCCAGGAAAGUGGACAUUUCUUUAUGGGGCGCUCUUUUUUCGCCUUCCAUAGACGUGAGGGCAUUACUUGAGCGAUGCGUGUUCGAGAGGCGGUUUGAGACGGCCGUUUCCUACCUGAUCAUUAUGCACUGUGGGAUUGACAAAGUUGUUAAUUGUGAUGAAAUGAUACUAACUACACUACUGCAAAACUCCCGCUGGGCUCUUGCAAAAAGGGUGAUAUCUUUUCUCUCUACUAUUACGGAAACGUGGCAAUAUGAUUUUGAUAAAAAAAUGGAACAGUCGAGUAAUAGUUGUUCGUUAAGGCGCUCUUCUUCUAUUUCUUCUUUAGCGACUCCCAGUAAACCAACUGACCAACUUCGUUGCGGAAAAGACGUCAUAAAUGCAGUUUUGCGCGGAUAUGCCCGGUCUCUGCUGGAAAAAUAUCUUUUAAAAUCUUUAAUUUAUUUUUCUCAGUAUCUGCAUUUUCCUCUGAUAUUUUGUUUAAGAGAAGAAAGAAACAAUCUAGCUAGAAUAGAACAUUUUGUUUGUGCAUUUACAUCCAUUGUUAAUCAAUUUCGUGAAGCUCUUGACGUCGACCAGGAAACAGCACUUAUUAAUCAGCCAAAAGUUUGCUCUAAACAUGAACAAUCUUCCUAUACGGGAAAUAAAGUAUAUGUUACGGAUAAGAAAGUAUAUGCCCUGCAAGAGUUAAGAUAUUUAUCGGACGUUUUUAUUAUAAGCCAUUGCUAUGAGUGGCUCGCCUUAAUCUCUAUUUUUUUGCUGUCGAAUAGAAAUUAUCUGUUAGCUUUGCAGUUUAUAAAAAAGAAGCUAAAUUCCGACUUGGAAUAUAAAAUAUUCGAAGGCGAAUUAAAAAAACUUGAAAAACAAUUUUUGUGGCCUCCCUGGAAAGAACUACUUCUUCGCCAUAUUAAUUAAGGUCGCGGUGAACUUCUUGAAAACUUUUUAUAUAUUUUAAUAAUGUUAG